UCUCUGCGCUCAGGUACUUUCCGUCAGGUUCCGAAACCCAGCUCCUGAACCCCACCGAACAGAACCGACUCUCUGGGUCAGAACUGUGAAGUUCUGGUGGUUCAGAGGGUCUCCCCGCUUUCAGCGCCGCCACCGCUAUUUGAGCGGCAGAACUGACGAACCUCAGCAAAGUUUGACGAAAGAACCGGGCCGUCAGAACCGGAACCGAGGGCUGAUGGACCCGCUGUAUUCUGGACAGAAGUUCAGUCCAACUCGGGGGGGGCCGAUUCCCCCUGACAUCUGAUUGGCCCCCCCUCUAGCUCCGCCCCUGCUGAUGGGUCUGGUGGUUCUGAAGGAUCCAGGAAGUCCUGCAGGGCUCUGAUUGGUGGGCUGAGAUUCUGCUGAGUCGUGGCUCUGUUCAGAACUUGUUGACCUGUAGUGGAUCAGUGACUCGUCAGCUGCUAACCUCAAACACUGUCAGAGGACUUGGACGUCAGCGAGCAGUUCCUGCAGGCACCGGACUCGAGGGACAUGGAGAAGGACCCGGGCCGCAGACGACGGCUGUGGGCCGGACUCGGCCUGCUGGUCGCUGCCGGCGCCUUGGCUCUGCUGACCGGACUGCUGGUGUGGCACUUCCACCUGCGCAGAGAUGUCCGAAUGACGAAGCUCUACGUCGGCUCCGUGGGAAUCGGCGGCCGCUCCUUCCGGGCCGACCUGGAGGAACCCGGCAGCGACGGCUUCAGCAGCCUGGCCCAGAAGGUCAGGGCGCAGCUUCAGCAGAUCUACGGCCAGAACUCGGUGCUGGCCAAGUUCUACAAAGACUCCACGGUGCAGGCCUUCAGUGAAGGGGACGGCCAGCCGGACGGCAUGGUGGCAUAUUACGAGUCCGAGUUUGAGCUCCCGGUCGUCCAGCUGUCCUCCCUGGACCAAGCCAUGGCGUCUCUGGAGGUGACAGGAAGUCAGCGUGGACGGCUGCUGAGACCUGACCCGGCGUUGAGGGUCGGCGGUGUUUCGUCUGGAGCUCUGGACCCCCGGCUGACCAGGACCAACAUGUCUGAGAAAGCUCCGAUCAGCAUCCACGUGAGGAAGAACGGCCACAUCGAUUCUCCCGGGUUCCCCGACGCCCCCUACGGCCCCAACACGGCCCAGAAGUGGCAGCUCCGGGCCGACCCAGGUCACCGGGUCCGCUUGGACUUCCACACCCUGAUCCUGGAGGAUGACUGUGAGCAGGACUUUGUCCAGAUCUACGACUCGCUGGCUCCCAUUCGGCCCCGCCUCCUCACUGAGCAGUGCGGAUACCCGCAUGGCUCCCUGGCCUUCGUGUCGUCUGGGAACGUCAUGCUGCUGAUGCUGGUCACCAGUCAGGACAAGAACUUCCCCGGAUUCAGAGUCUUCUACUCCCAGGUUCCUGCAGCCGGCGGAGAUUGCGGCGGAACGCUGAGCGGAGAACGAGGUUCGUUCUCCUCGCCGUUUUUCCCGGCCAACUAUCCUCCCAAAGCGGACUGCAGCUGGACCGUCCAGGUUCCUGAGGGAAGGUUUGUGAAGGUCCAGUUCCAGAAGUUUUCUGUGGGGAAGGACGGAUCGCCGUGUCUCCAUGACUACGUGACGAUUGACGAGGAAAGGUUGUGUGGCAGCCAAUCAGAAUCCUCCGUGUUCAUCAGCAAGAGCAACAAGAUGAGGGUCAGUUUCAGGUCAGACCGGGGGCUCGUCCACCCGGGGUUCAGCGCCCGGUACGAGGCUUUCGUCCCCACCGACCCUUGUCCUGGGAAGUUCAGGUGUGGCACCAACCUGUGCAUCAACACGACGCUCCGCUGCGACGGCUUCAAUGACUGCGGCGACAACCACGAUGAGAUCGGCUGCAGCUGCGCGCCGAUGCAGAUGAAGUGUAAGAACAACAUCUGCAAGGCCAAGUUCUGGAUGUGUGACGGCGUGGACGACUGCGGCGAUAACUCUGACGAAGACGGCUGUGGGAAAUGCGGCGCGGCAGAGUUCUCCUGCAGGAACGGCCACUGCGUCUCUGACGCGCUGCGAUGCGACGGCAGAGAUGACUGCGGCGACGCCUCUGACGAGUCCACAUGCCAGAAAUCACUGCAGCUGCCCUGCUCCGACUUCACCUUCCGCUGCCGCAGCGGCCGCUGCAUCAGCAAGCUGAACCCGGAGUGUGACGGCACGCCGGACUGCGAGGACGGCUCGGACGAGGACGACUGUGACUGCGGCGUGCCGCCGUACCGCAGCCUCCGCAUCGUGGGCGGUCAGGCGUCCAGGGAGGGGGAGUGGCCCUGGCAGGUGAGCCUCCACUUCAGAGGACAUGGACACACCUGUGGAGCGUCGGUGCUGAGCCGCCGCUGGCUGCUGACCGCCGCCCACUGCGUCCAGGACGAGUACACAGCGGCAGACCGAUGGGACGCCUGGCUGGGGCUGCACGCGCAGGGCCAGAGCAACCGGUGGACGGUGCAGCGGAAGGUGAAGCGGAUCGUGGUCCACCCGGACUACGACCGGGUCAGCCUGGACAGCGACAUCGCCCUGAUGGAGCUGGAACCGGACCUGGUUCUGAACCAGAACAUCUGGCCCGUCUGCCUGCCGUCUGCCUCACACCACAUCCCGGCCGGCCAGGAGGCCUGGAUCACCGGCUGGGGCGCCACUGCGGAGGGAGGUGCCGGCACCACUGUUCUGCAGAAAGCCCGGGUCCGGAUCAUCAACAGCACCGUGUGUCGGUCUCUGCUGCGAGACUCGCUCAGUGACCGGAUGCUGUGCGCCGGGGUGCUGGGCGGAGGCGUGGACGCCUGUCAGGGCGACUCGGGCGGUCCGCUGGCCGUCACUGACCCCAGUGGGCGGGUCUUCGUGGCGGGCGUGGUCAGCUGGGGCGAAGGCUGCGGCCUCAGGAACAAACCCGGCGUCUAUACUCGGGUCACCCGGUUCCGGCGCUGGAUCAGGGACCAGACGGGAGUCUGAGCAGAAUCCGUCUGUGGUCGGCAUGGUUACAGAUCAGCUGCUUCAUGAACCAAACUGCAAAACUCCCCGCUGCUGUUCUCUGACCCGCCAAAAUAAAAUCACUCUCUUGUUUCCCAAACUUUCUUCCUAAUCUUGAUCUUCCACUGUUGCAACAUCUGCUGAGAAAAAGUCCAAUCCAAGAGGAAGUGACAUCAUGAUUCAACUGGUUCUGGGAGCUGAGGCUCCUGAGAGCCGCGCGCUCGGCCCCUUCCUGCUUCACUGCCUCCUUAUCCAGAAAAACUGAUGGUUUCAUCAAGUUUGUUUAUUUAAGCAUAUCAUUCCAUAUUUAUUAUGCCAUCCUAGAUGUCACUAGAUGGUGACAAAGUGCUUCCCUGGUUGGUGUAGAAUCUGCAUCAUCAGGGUUUGGUGGUACUGUGUGGUGCCUUCAGGGGAAUUAAUAGCUGAUCAAAUCAGAUUUUAGGAGCCGGUUUUCUCUCAGGAAGUUUAUUUUAAAGCAUCGGGUCUUUCUGUUCUACUCUGAGGCGUUUAAUGUUGUGGGGUUUUACAAUUGUUGCAUUUUCUUUGUGAUUUUUGUAUUUUUAAAAACAUUUCUGUUUAGUCUCUUCUGCCUUCAAUGAUUACGGAUAAAAUGCUUCGCUGGGAGUUUCUGAUUAAACUGUAAGUUGAAACGUC